UAUAGAGUUAGAGUUUAGGUAUCUCGAAAUUAUAAGGUAUCUGAUCCGUUGACAUCCCUAACUCAUCUUGUGGGGGCUAUACAGCUCUAAGAUUGACCUGUUGACUUGCUUUGAUCACGGCCAUACCCAUUCGGUUUUCCUGCUUCUAGUUCAAUUCCAAAAUAUCUGCGGAAAAAAAAAUCAAUAAUUAAAGCAACAGUGGGAAAAGGGGGACUAAAAUCUUUUCUUGAGAACCCUGUUAGUCCUCAAACAAAGCAUCGAGACGAAAAGAAUAUCAGAAGUAUGGAAGGGGUUCUUGUUGACUACAUUAUCAAAGUAGUUGAAAAUAUUAAUCUUUCACAUAUGGUUUACUUUUCUUAUAUAUAUUUUUUUUAUAAUUAUAUAAACAAUUUUUUUUAUAAUAGAUAUGAUAGAAUAAACAACUUUGAUUCUUUUUUAUUACAGAACAGGAUAUGAUUAGUUAAUAUCCAUUAUUCUAACUUUGUCAGUCACAUCCGUCAAGGGUCAUCUUGAGUCUUCAGAACAAAACGCAAUUUAUGGCGUUAGUGACUGGCGUCAUGGUUGGUCGUAGGCGUCGGGGCAAAAUUUAUACCAUAAAAAGGAGUAUGUUCACAAAGUUUUCUACAUCAAAAUCUGUCAAGGGCAAGGAGAGACGCUGGCGAUGGAGUGUUCAGGACGACUCCUGUUUUAUUGUUCACUUAUCCUAUCCCUUGCUGCUCUUGCCCUCGCAGAUGAUCCUUAUUUUGAGUGUGGAUUCGUUGAGGACAGAGGCAACUACACCGCAAACAGCAGUUACCAGGCCAACCUAAACCGCAUCGUUUCCCAACUUUCCUCUCUUACAGAAUUCAAUUACGGAUUCUUCAAUCUGUCUGCAGGUGAAAGCCCUGACGAAGUUAAAGCAAUCGCACUAUGCACGGGGGACAGAACCCAGGAUGAAUGCAACAGUUGCCUUCACCGCACCGCAACCGAGCUCAUACAGCGCUGCCCCUGGCACAAGGAGGCGACCGCAUGGUCAGAAUUUUGCCUGGUGCGGUACGCCAACCGAGACAUCUUUGGACAACUGGAAAGCGAGCCCCGUACUUGUGCCUUCAACACAAGGAAAGCAUCCAACCCUGUGCAGUUCAAUGAUGGAUUAAGUGAACUAUUGAAUAAUCUGAGCAACAUAGCUGCAGCCGGGGGUCCACUUCGCAAGUAUGCAGCUGGUAAUGCAACAGCUGGUAACUUGCAAACGAUAUAUGCUGCGGUGCAGUGUACUCCUGAUAUGGACAAGCAAAAUUGUACUCAUUGUCUAGAUGACGGAAAGGCAGAGUUUUUAAACUGUUGCUAUGGAAGGAUAGGAUGCAGGGUCCUUAGACCAACUUGUAUCUUGAGGUUUGAGUCUAACCCCUUUUAUCACACUGCAGUUCCUCUACCGUCACUGCCACCAUCUCCAACACCACCUGGUCCAACUACUUCUCCAACGUCAAUAGGAGGUUAGGCGGCCACCAACAGAAUGGAAGAAGGGGGCUCAUCGCACGGUGUCGUUUUCUUUAUGAUUCAAAGUUGUGUCUAAACGUUAAGUUGUUACGUCGUUUUACUUACUUAUGUAGUAAAACGGUGGAUAUAUGUGCCGUUUUCUUCUUCUGUCAUUUGGGUCUUGUUACCUUACUUUUUUCUUAUAUGCACAUUAGUGCUGCCGUUUUUGGGUCUUUCUGUUGAAGUCUUAACAGCCAUGUCUGCUAGUCUGUGUUUAUUACGGUUGGCAUUGCACAGAAAAACUAAAGAGUAUAUAAAUGAAAAUGCAACCGUUAUACUUGGGUUGCUUAUGAUUUUCGAAUA